CUUUAGUUGUCGGUUCACAGUUCACUCUCUACACUGCUGGACUAUCGUGACAGCUCACCGGAUUGUUGUUUCUUCAAGUAUAAUCUUAAACCUUUUUCCUUCCUUCCCCUGUCAUCAAUUUUCAAUUUCUAGAAUCAAGAUCCAAUUUUACAUUCCAAUUCUUGAAAAUAAUGGGUAUAGUCAACUUGGAUCUUGCAUUAUUUUUUUUUAGACCUACUUUUCUCUCCACCGUGCAAGAUCUGAUAUUUUUCACGGAUUUAGAUGACUGUCAAUCUUAAUUGAUUGUUUAUUUUGAACCUUAAUACCAAUCACCGUUUCAAGAUCCAAUUUUUUAGUUGCUUCUUCAAUAUUUUAGGUCAAUUUCAGAUCAGGUGAGUACUUCUCUAUGUAAGAAAAAAAUUGAUUCGAUUGCAUGCCAUUUGUUUGUUUCCUCAUUUAAAUCUCAAAGAUCCGUUCUUUAGCUGAAUUUAAUGUAUGCGCACUGGCUACUUUGGUGAAAUCAGUUUGAAUUUAAUUUGGGAUUUAUAGCUUUGGGUAAAUGAAAGAAGUGAAUCCUACAGAUCCCAUAGGGCAAAACCUAAUUAAGCUGAUAAGCAAUGUGUGUUUCUCAGUAUUUGUGUUCUCAGUCCUUAUAUUUACUGUAAUUGCAAUCACAUACCAACCCCCGGAUCCGUGGGAGUCCUCUCGAGCUCUGACCAAGGUUUUCACGGAGGUAGAAAAUGCUACUUUCAAAACGGAUUCUUCCGUCCUUAAAACUGGCGAGGACAUUGCCACUGCGCCAGUGGCAUCGCCUAUAGGAUCACUGGCCCCGAUUACUGAAGCUUCAAUUGAGAAAUCUGAGGAGGAACUUGAGAAAAACGUGACCUUGAAAUCGGGUUGUGAAGAUUUGAACGUGAUCAAUUGUUCAGACCCUAAGGUUUUAAUUGCAAUCCAGAGGUUCAAUUUGAGGACUUUUAAGUCGAUUGCUUUUUUGGAUUAUCAAAAACCGGUCAAUGGAUCGAAGCCUACUGAAUGUGAUGUGGCAUGGAGGUUCAGGAACAAGAAAGAGAGGUCUUGGAGAAAGUAUAGGGAUUUUCGGAGGUUUAGGAUGGGCUUCAAGGAUGAUUGUAGUUACAAGGUGAUUCAUCCAGGGCGAUGGCAUUCUGGUUUGAAUGCCCGCCGUCCAAGGAGUCAAAUUAAUGCCACUGGUAAUGGUCGAAAGGCAAAAAUUGCUCCAUCCGUGCGGGACGAUGAGAUCAAUGAUACGAUUCCAGUGUUGGGAUCAGAUUUGGCAUUUAGAAAGGGGAAGUACUUGUACUAUUCACGAGGAGGGGACUACUGUAAAGGAAUGAAUCAUUAUCUUUGGAGCUUCUUGUGUGCCCUUGGUGAGGCCCAGUACUUGAAUCGUACAUUUGUUAUGGAUUUGAGUAUUUGUCUAGCAUCAACUUAUACACAGAGCCACAGGGAUGAGGAAGGAAAAGAUUUUAGAUUCUAUUUUGAUUUCGAGCAUUUGAAAGAAGUGUCUUCGAUUGUGGAUGAAGGCGAUUUUCUUAGAGAUUGGAAGAGAUGGGACAAGACUCACAAAGCUAAAAUUCCAGUUAGAAAGGUUGGAAGCUAUAAGGUGACACCAAUGCAACUAAGGAAGGAUAAAAGCUCGAUCAUAUGGAGACAAUUUGACGCUCCUGAGCCGGAAAACUAUUGGUACAGGGUUUGUGAAGGUUCGUCAGCUAAAUAUAUUGAGAGGCCUUGGCAUGCCAUUUGGAAAUCAAAGAGAUUAAUGAACAUAGUUUCUGCUAUUAGUGGGAGCAUGGACUGGGAUUUUGAUGCAGUUCACGUGGUUCGAGGAGAGAAAGCACAGAAUAAGGCGCUGUGGCCUAAUUUGGAUGCUGAUACAUCACCUGAUGCUCUUGUUACUAAGCUUCAAGGGACGAUUGAACCUUGGAGAAAUGUGUACAUUGCUACCAACGAACCAUUCUACAAUUACUUCGAUAAGCUGAGAUCUCAUUACAAAGUUCAUUUGCUUGAUGAUUACAAGUAUUUGUGGGGAAAUAGGAGUGAGUGGUACAAUGAGACGACAUUUCUGAAUGGUGGUCGCCCUGUUGAGUUUGAUGGUUAUAUGAGAGUUGAAGUGGAUACUGAGGUUCUUUAUAGAGCAAAGACACGGGUAGAGACGUUUUACAACUUGACUAGAGAUUGCAAAGACGGAAUCAAUAUGUGCUCAACAGGUUAAAUGUGCCGUUUAUUUUCUUCUGUUUUUACAGUUGUCCUAAUACACAUGAUUCAAAUUAUGCAAAUAAGUCUUUCUUGCCUGUCACAGUUUUUUACUGCAGUGGUUUAUUACCCAGUUGAUGAUAUCUAGUUUAAGAUUUUGCAUAAAACAAAUUGCA